GAGAGAGGCUCUGAGGCUUGUGGCCUUUCAUGCCACACCCUCCUUUGCCCACGCCAUGGCUGAAGAAGCCGAAGGAGAAGAAGACAAUUCUCUAAAGAGGAACUGCUGCAGCCGCAUGCGUAAGAAUCUGACUGAACCGCGCGGUCAUUCUGGACAUUCAUAUCUCCGAAAGUUUCGAUUUGCGCUGUCUCUCUUCAGCUUGUUCCACAUCUUGGCGAUCAUUGGUUCAGCCAAAGAUGUGUACUUAGAGAAAUUUGGAGCUGAUGCGACGGCCAUUGGCUGCUUGUUCUCCGUAAUCAGUUUCUGGAGCCCUUUGACCGAAUUCUUGGUUGGGCACCUGCAGGAUCGUGCUUGCUUGGCCCGGUUCUUCCCACUGGAACGCUGGGGCAAGAGAGCACCCUGGCUCCUGACCCAUUGCAUCAUUGCAGCCACUGCUGCGAGUGUGGUCUACAUGCCACCCAGUGAUUCUUCCGGACCUUUGGAAACCUGGUUUGUGCUGAUGUUGAUGCUGUCAUAUUGGGGUGCGGCCUCGUGCGUUAUUGCUUUUGAAUCAGCUCGCCAGGAGAUCUACCCUUACAAAGAGGAGAGGAUCAUGGUUGAAGGCCUGUGCAAGUACACCUGUAUGAUGGGCGGCGGCUUUGGAGCCAUUCCAGUGCUGGUUCUCAUGGCGGAUGCAUCAAUGCUAAAUCGCUUGGCAGCGGUCUUCUACAUUUUCAUUUUUGGUCUAGUGACCCUGGAGGCGGUGCCAAUCUUCAAAGAAGCUAAGCAAGCACCAGUCCCCAUCAAGGACCAAGAUGAAGAGGUCAGUGCGCCUGAGGUCGGAAGCGUUUUCGACAUUAUGCGAGAGGUGAUGCCCCGAUGCUGUUGCUGCCCAAGGAGGGUAAAGGAGCAAAGAGCGCCUAACAUGGCAUUCCGCCACCUGGUAGCCAUGAAGUUUUGGCAUGGUGCCUAUGGAGCCUCCAUUGGAAGCACCCUCUUCUACUACGUCACCUAUGUUCUUCGCCUAGGUGGCUGGGAGAGGAUGCAGGUCAUUGUGGCUGGGGGAUUGAUAGCAGGUGUUACGGAGGUGGGUCUGAACUUGAUGUACAUGCGGAUCUUCAGCGCCGGUGAUGGCAGGCAAGAUACAACUGGAACCAAAGACAGGCGGUUGCUCAACUAUGUGGUCUUUUGUCGAAUAUUGAACGCUUUGGCCACAUUUUUGCUCAUGGGCUGGGUGGAUCCCUCUGUCACCAUGGUUUUUCUGUGGGCAUUUACCACCAGGCUCGGCUUGUCGAGCUUUUCGUUCUGGCGUGUCUCUGCCCAGUGUUGGCUUGUGGAUGAGGACUGCAUCUUUGGCGCAGUGCCGGGAAGGAAACGACAAGGUAUCAUCUUUGGAGCCCUUGCGAUGACGCAGAACUUUGCAGGUGCCUUCUUCUCAUCGUUGACCUUUCUUGGAUUGGGCCUUGCGGGGCUCGAGACGGUGAACUGCGAGGCGCGAUGCAAACAUCUCGUAGACAAAGUUGUGGACACCACUGGCGUGGUUUCUGAAUGUGUGGAUGAGUGCUUCUUGGGCGUCAUUGCGCAGCAGCCAGAUUCUCUCCGCCUUUAUGUCCGUGCAGUGAUCGGAAUGUGGGCUCCCAUUUGCGAGCUGCUCAUUGCCUUCCAUGCCUUUAAAUUUCCCAUCAAAGGUGCCAGGCUUCGUCGCCUCUAUGCUGGUAUUUGCCAAAGUCGCGGGGAGGAGAUCACCCCUAAACGGGAAGAAACUGGAACGCCGCACACUGGGCGUUCCAAGAUCGUCCUGAGCGUCGAGGCCACCAAGAGCGUGCAGAGCAGCAGCGGGCGAAUACAGCGUCAAAACACUGAGAAGGAGGGCUUGCUAUGGAGGUUAGCACAUACAACCGCCAUGGUGGAGUCCUGGCCUGGCGCCAAAUCACUCUCUGUGUUCUUCGAUGUGAACGAGGCCGGGCCGCAAGAGAAGCGAGUCAGCAAGGCGAGCAGGCCAUCCAAUCCGGCCAUCACCGUGGGCGUUUCAGAGGAAGAAGAGGUGCCACAAGAGCCCGAAGAGGUGCGUCCAUCCUGGACAGAGAUUGUACCUAGCACCCGAGUGAGCUUGUAGGAUUCUGCACGGGCCACUUUACAGAUUGAUGCAGUAGCUUCAGUUGCCAUGACUGCGACGACCAACUUCAGUACUUUAGUGGUGGCAAUCAAUCCGUCAGCAUUGACAUUAAAUGCGACCUGACAAGCCCAAUCAUUGCCAUUUCAAGACCUACAUGCUCCAGAAAAUGGAGUUGCGGUCUUUUGCGCGCUGCCGCAGCCCGUCUUUUGGAGGAUUUGAAUUUGCACACCCAGCUGCCAGCUGUUGUUCUCAGC